UUGGAGGAACGUUAGAAGGAGAGGGCAGGGCUCGGUGGUGACAUGUUGAGAUCGUUGAGUUGCGCGUCUGGGCGGUCAGUGCUGCUCGCGGCUGUCACGGGAGUUUGCGGCAUCCGAAGCAGAACCAUGUGUGCGCAGGUGGACUGGAAAGCGGCCAAGACUAUAUAUGAUUUCUCAGCCAAAGAUAUUGACGGCAGUGAAGUGUCCCUAGAGAAAUAUAGGGGCCAUGUCUGCAUUAUCGUCAAUGUCGCUUCUAAAUGAGGCAAAACACCUGUAAACUACACUCAGCUUGUUGAUCUUCACGCCAGAUACGCUGAGAAAGGUUUACGCAUCCUUGGGUUCCCCUGCAACCAGUUUGGAAAACAGGAACCUGGGGAUGAAGCUCAAAUUAAAGAUUUUGCUGCAUCCUACAAGGUUCAGUUUGAUAUGUUUAGUAAGAUUGAAGUGAAUGGAGAUGGUGCCCACCCCUUGUGGAAGUGGUUGAAGGAUCAACCGAAAGGAAGAGGUACUCUUGGGAAUGCCAUCAAAUGGAACUUCACUAAGUUCCUUAUUGAUCGCCAGGGCCUUGUAGUAAAGAGAUUCAGCCCUAUGGAUGAUCCAAUUGUCAUCGAGAAGGAUCUGCCCAACUACCUUUAGGAUGACUCUUCCCACCCAGUGUCUGACAGCAUUUGCUGCAGUUUUCAAUCCUGGCAAUGAUGGUGUGUCUCAAAACCGAGAGGGAGGCAGACCGGAUGGUGAACUGGCGUGCACCUACGGAGGGAAACUGUGCUAUACUGUCAGAAACUGCUUUGUAGAUAAAGGCAUUACAUUUCAUUAAUAAACCUUUCGAAUGCU